AUGGCGGAAGUCAUCAAUUUCAUGGAGAUCACUUAUAAUAUGUGUCCCGACGCAUUUCUUAUUUUCGGUAUUGAUCGCUCCAAUGUUUACAGCAAAAAAGCAGAUAAAAAUCCGGACGACUUACAAGCCACUCAAGAAGAAGAAAAUACAGUCGUCGCCACCACAAACGUUUUUAUCCUCCCCGAAAGCGACAUUCGUCCACAGAAUCGAGAGCGAUCGCAAUAUGAGCACUCAGCGCGCGCCGGAUCAACAGGAAAAAACCUACAACAAUUCUCCCGAGUUGACAACAACGUUUCAGGACGAACUAUUGUCAACAAGCUCGGAAGAACCUCGAACUCCAAGUCCGAUUCAAUUUCCGCCCAUAGAGUCGCUGAUCUCAAGAAAGCCUAUGGAGACUCAAACCGACCAAGUAGUUCCCGAUCUGGAGAGAAACUUCAAUCAAUAUCCAGGCCACACUCCGGGCACGGUCAUCCAUACGGUAGGCCCCUGCACCGUGAACUAUCAUACAACGCCAGCAAUCAAUCAGAAUCAAACCUGUUGGGGCCAACUGCCACCGCUAGCAUCAACUGCUCAAUGGGCGCCGGAAGUAGUUCCAACUAUUUGGCAACCGCCCCAGAACCUCCCGCCAGACGAGUUACAACAGACGACCUCAUUACUUAUCUGCGAGAAGUCGCGACUCCGACUGAGUCGAUCGGGGCAUCUAUUGCAAAUAGAGCCUCUGCGCAAUUGUUGCCAGCACUCGUCGGCGAAUCCACUGGUUUUCAGGAGCUCCGCGCUUCUUCCUCAACAGGAACGUCUACCUCGCACCGAACAAUCGUCUCCUGCACGACCGACGAGUCCAGCACCGAUUGCUCAAGCAACCGCCUCCAAGACCAAUCCAAGACGCGUACACUUUGA